AUUUUUAGAUCUAAGGGUUUCCUCCGAAGCUUUGAGACGCCGACGAAGCUCAAGAGCUAGGGUUUCUUGAGAUCUUGCCCUACUCUCUUUCUGAUAUCUAAAUCGUUCGGCUUUUCUUUCAUCGUCGAUUGAUUUUGCGAUUCCAAGUAUACAUACGAUUCUUCUGAAAUCGAAGAUGUCUAGGUGCUUUCCUUUCCCGCCUCCGGGGUAUAUGAGGAAUGGGGCAUGUAGCGAGGAUUUGAUCAAAUCGAUUAAGCUCCAGAAGGAGAGGGAUGAAGCCAAGGAACAAAGGAAGAAAGACAAGAGAAAGAAAAAGGAAAAAAGAAAAGAGAGGAAAGAAAGAAAAGAAAAGGAAGCAAACGCGACACAUCACUGUGAUGAUAAAGGGAAGGAGUGCAAGCUCAGGAAUCUAGAGUCCUACCGGCUGGAGAAAAUUAGAGCAGAGCAAGGCAGUGGAUGUUUGCGAAAGGUAGGUGACGAUGAUAAUGAGCAAAUAGAAAGGAGUGGUAUCACGGAGGAACAUGAUCAGCCUUUCUCUUCGACUGAACCCUGCUGCUUGUCAGACAGCACUCAAAGUAGUAACAAGAGGAAAAGAAGUACCUCGCCAUCACGUAGUGAUCACGGAACUGCUAUUAAAAUCCGAUUGCCAUUGAGAAAACACCGAGAACAUGAAGAAUUGCAACAAGAUUACCGCGCAGGUUCUACUGGAAGUAAAGGGAUUACAAAGUCCUUCAAUGAAGAGUCACGCCAUCAAUUCCAGGGGCAGCGAAACUCUGAACCAGAACAAAGAGAAUAUCAAUAUAUAGUUCAUACUGGAGUGGAUCCAAGCACCAAUUUGAAAGAUAGUGAACGUGGAAGGAUGGCGUCCCUUUAUAAUUCGUUGUUUCAGAAUUGGAACGCCUGUGAGCUCCAGCUGAAGGGAUUCGAGUUAGAAGAGGAUCAGGAUUGGCUGUCAGCGUCAGAAGGGCGUCAAACGCAGGCAACAAAGAAAGCGAAAUCUGUUAAUGAUUUUCUGGGGUGUUCUGGUUCAUCUCUAUGGCCUCGUGCUCAAUACUUACCCGAAGCUGAUAUCUACGGAUUGCCCUACACCGUACCAUUCUGAUUUUUUUAUUCUUUUGUGGCUUCUUUGAGUUGUUAAAUGACAAUGCUCAACUGUAGGGAGCCAUGUAGCAGAAAUUUUGCAAUUACAGGUGCUACAUUUAAGAAAACUUAAAGAAAAGAGCGCUUGGCGUUGAUUGGCUCGCAUUCUGUAUAUAUCGUCAAAUUGGCCCUUUCACUAAAAUAGUUAGCAAAUAUUAAAAGGUCA